UUGGAUUUUUAUAAAAUUUUUAAAUAUUUUUAAUUUAAACAAGUUAUUAACAAAAAAUUUAAUUAAAAAUGAAAGUAUACCCUGAAUUAACAAAUUCUCGUCCAAUAUUUAGAGUUAUACCGGAAGAAUUAAAUGAACAUUUACAUGCCUUGGGUGCUCCUCAUUUGGAUUCCUUCAAUGAAUUAAUUGACUAUGGUUUGGCUAAUGUGGCCAAACAUAUGACACCCUGCAGUUUUAAGACACCAGCUGGCGAAAAAGUCGACUUGUAUGUGGAAGAUAUUAAAAUCGCAAGACCCCAGGUGCCUUUGUCAGUGAUAGAUGUCAAGGAACGCGAUAUUUAUCCCACCGAGGCCAGGCAAUUGCAUAAAUCGUAUACGGGCAUGUGUUCCGUUAAAGUGGGCUGGCGUGUGGAUGGCAUAGAAAAGGCAUCCAUUGACGUGGAUUUGGGUGAAAUACCCAUUAUGUUGAAAUCGAAAGUUUGCAAUCUGGGCAAUAAGUCACCCGAACAAAUGGUUAAACAUGGUGAACACGACUCUGAAUGGGGUGGUAUAUUCAUUGUCAAGGGUAAUGAGAAAAUUAUACGUAUGUUGCUGAUGAGUCGUCGCAACUAUCCCAUUGCCAUCAAGCGUAGUACUUGGAAAGAUCGUGGAGCCAAUUUCAGUGAAAUGGGUAUUAUGAUAAGAUCUGUGCGUGAGGAUGAGACCUCUUAUAACAAUGUCUUGCACUACCUGAACAACGGCACCUGCAAGCUUAUGUUUUCGAAUAUGAAAUUCAUGGCCUAUGUGCCGGUAUGUUUGAUCGUAAAAUGUUUGACAGACUCUACGGAUGAAGAAAUCUAUAGUCGUUUGAGUCGCGGCUACGAACAUGAUCAAUAUUAUUUGAGUUGUGUCCAGCAAAUGCUGCGUGAUGUUCAUGACGAGGGCUUGCAUACAUCCGGUCAGUGUAGGGAGUAUUUGGGCCAAAUAUUCCGUUCAAGAUUCCCCGACUUGCCUGAAUGGACAACGAAUAAAGAACUUACCGAUUUUAUAAUGCAGCAGAGAAUAUUGAUACAUUUGGAAACGAAUAAGGAAAAGUUUGAUUUGCUGAUAUUUAUGAUACAAAAGUUGUAUCAAUGUGCUCAGGGCAAUGCAAAAAUUGAGAAUGUCGAUUCGGUUAUGAUGCAGGAAGUGUUGACAUCGGGUCAUUUAUAUCAAAAAUUCUUGGCAGAUCGCAUUGAUCUUUGGAUGCAAUAUGCUAAAAAGUCGGUGUUGAAAAAACUAAACACACCAGAUGCUUUAAUAAGCUCCAGCAUUUUGACUGCUACUUUGCGCGGCAGUGUUGGUGUGGGUCGUGCUAUGGAAUCAUUUUUGGCAACCGGUAAUGCACCCUCACGCAGUGGUCUUGGUCUCAUGCAAAACAGUGGUUUGGUAGUUAUGGCCGAAAACAUUAAUCGCAUGCGUUAUAUGUCACAUUUUCGAGCCGUACACAGAGGUUCAUUCUUUACCACCAUGAGAACGACUGAAGCUCGUCAAUUGUUACCCGAUGCCUGGGGUUUUAUUUGCCCGGUACAUACGCCUGAUGGUACGCCUUGUGGUUUAUUGAAUCAUUUAACGGUGACUUGUAGAAUUUCCACUAUCCCAGAUGCAAGAUUAGUAGAGAACAUACCCAAAACUUUGGUAGACAUGGGCUUGAUACCCAUAGAUUCCGAAUUGAAAGAUCAUUCCAGUAAGCUGUUUGUGGUUUUCUUAGAAGGCAAACUUUUGGGCCACAUACGACAAGCUGAUGCCACAAAAAUAGUGGAUAAUUUAAGAUUGCUAAAAAUUGAAGGCAAAUUACCCGAAAUGAUGGAAAUUGCUUAUAUACCCUACAAAAAGAAAGGACAAUUCCCCGGCCUUUAUUUGUUUGUGGGUCCUGCCAGACUUAUGCGUCCUGUUAGAAAUUUAGCCUUAAACAAAAUAGAAUUUAUCGGCUCUUUGGAACAAGUCUAUAUGGAAAUUGCGGUGGACUUGAAAGAAAUGUAUCCAGGUUUUACCACUCACAUGGAGUUAUCUAAAACAGAUUUUAUGAGUAAUUUGGCUAAUUUAAUUCCCAUGCCGGACUACAAUCAAUCGCCACGUAACAUGUACCAGUGUCAGAUGGGUAAACAAACCAUGGGCACUCCCUGCCUAAAUUGGCCCAAACAAGCCGCCAACAAGUUGUAUCGUUUACAAACACCCUCGGCUCCCUUGUUUAGACCUGUUCAUCACGACAACAUACGUUUGGAUGAUUUUGCUAUGGGCACAAAUGCCAUUGUGGCAGUUAUUUCCUAUACUGGCUAUGACAUGGAAGAUGCUAUGAUUAUUAAUAAAUCAGCUCACGAACGUGGUUUUGCUUAUGGUUCCAUUUAUAAAUCAAAAUUUUUAGAAAUGCGUGGCACUAGCUAUUUUGCACGCAAUCCUCAUAUACCUGAAUUGGUUAAAUAUUUGGAUAAUGAUGGCUUGCCGCAAGCUGGAACAAAAUUUACACAUGGCUGUCCUUUCUACAGCUACUACGAUACUGAGGAAUCCACUUAUAAACUCAUAAAAAUGGACGAAAAAGAAGAUUGUAUUGUCGAUAGUGUAAGAUAUUGUGGUAGUUUUAAUGCUAAUUCACCACGUAUGGUGUGCGUUACCUUGCGUAUACCACGUCCACCCACUAUUGGUGAUAAGUUUGCCUCGCGUGCUGGUCAAAAAGGUAUUUGUUCGCAAAAGUAUCCAGCCGAAGAUUUGCCCUUCUCCGAAACCGGUCUUAUACCCGAUAUUGUAUUCAAUCCUCAUGGUUUCCCCUCUCGUAUGACAAUUGCUAUGAUGAUCGAGAUAAUGGCCGGCAAGAGUGCGGCCUUGCAUGGGCUGGUGCAUGAUGCCACACCCUUCCGUUUCUCGGAAAAACACACAGCCAUCGAUUACUUUGGCAAAUUGCUAGAGGCUGGUGGCUACAAUUAUUAUGGCACAGAACGUUUGUAUUCGGGUGUCGAUGGCCGUGAAAUGACUGCUGAUAUUUUCUUUGGUGUUGUGCAUUAUCAACGUCUACGUCACAUGGUGUUCGAUAAGUGGCAGGUGCGUUCGACCGGUCCUGUAGACGCUAUAACCCAACAACCGAUAAAGGGUCGCAAACGUGGUGGUGGUGUACGUUUUGGUGAAAUGGAACGUGAUGCUUUGAUAUCGCAUGGUGCUUCUUUCCUUCUACAAGAUCGUCUCUUCCACAAUUCUGAUAAGACUCACUCCUUGGUGUGUAAUAAAUGUGGCAGUAUAUUGGCCCCCUUAAAGAAAAUCGUUAAACGUUCACAAAACACCGGUAAAUUGCAAUCGGUUCCUGAUACUUGUCGUCUGUGCGGUGAUGGUGCUGGUGUUGGCUAUAUUGAGAUUCCCUGCUCCUUCAAAUAUUUAGUUACCGAAUUGAGUUCCGUUAAUAUUAAUGCUAGAUUUAAAUUGCUGGAAAUUUAAAACAAAAAAUACUUUAGUUUGUUAAAAAUCUAGUUGUUACUUUAAUAAAAAAAUAUAAUUAAUUUGUAUAAAGUUUAUUGGUUAAAAAUAAACUCUAAUGAAAGUUAAUUUUUUAAUAAAAAUACAUAUUUUUAUAACAAAAAUAA